AACACAACAAACAACGCGGUGCGUAAAAGCUCUCCAUUGCGCUGGUUUGUGGUGUGAGCGUGGACGCUGUGCCAGCCAAGAAGAAGCCAAGAAGACUCUUUUGGUUGUUUAUUCUCCUUGUGUGUGCCGCGUCUGAUAAACGAGGAUAUCUUUAAUUGGACAUGUGAGUUACGGGAGUUAACAAGACAAGCAGCCCCCUUUUCGAAGAUGAAGUUCCCCGCUUGCGUCCUCGUCACUUUGCUGGUGAUCCGAUCGAGUACGGCACAAUCAGUUUGUACCGGCACAGAGAACAAGCUGAGCACCCUGUCAGACCUGGACCAGCAGUACCGCACCCUGAAGAAGCUCUACGAAAACUGUGAGGUGGUCAUUGGCAAUUUGGAGAUUACAAGCAUCGAUCGAAACCGCAACCUCUCCUUUCUGAAGUCAAUCAGAGAAGUGACCGGCUAUGUGUUGGUGGCUCUUAACCAGUUCGACCAACUGCCGCUGGAGAACCUGCGGAUCAUCCGAGGGACCAAACUGUAUGAGGGACGCUACUCUCUGGCCAUCUUCCUCAACUACAGGCAGGACGGGUACUACGGCCUGAGGCAGCUGGGCCUGCGAAACCUCACAGAGAUACUGAAUGGGGGUGUUUAUGUCGACCAGAACAAAUUCUUGUGCCAUGCGGACACCAUCCAUUGGCGGGACAUUAUCAAGAACCCCCAGGCUGAGCUGCUGGUGGUACCGUCCAACAACAGUAACCUUGGAUGUAGACGCUGUCAUCGCUCAUGUAACGGACGCUGCUGGGGCAAUCAGGAAGACCAGUGCCAAACCUUGACAAAGACGGUGUGUGCAGAGCAGUGUGACGGUCGAUGCUUCGGGCCCUACGUCAGUGACUGCUGCCAUCGCGAGUGUGCCGGCGGCUGCUCGGGCCCCAAGGACACGGACUGCUUCGCUUGCACCAAUUUCAACGACAGCGGAGCCUGUGUGACCCAGUGCCCUCAGCCAUUUGUGUACAACCCCACGUCUUUUCAGCUGGAGCACAACCCCAGAGCCAAGUACACCUAUGGAGCCUUUUGUGUCAAGAAAUGCCCACAUAAUUUCGUGGUGGACCACAGCUCCUGUGUCCGAGCAUGUCCCAGCAACAAGAUGGAAGUGGAAGAGAACCGCAUCAAAAUGUGCAUCCCCUGCACUGACAUCUGUCCAAAAGUAUGUGAUGGCAUUGGGACGGGCAGCCUGCAGACGGCUCAAACAGUGGAUGCCAGCAAUAUUCAUAAAUUUCUCAACUGCACCAAAAUCAACGGCAACCUCAUCUUCCUCAUAACAGGCAUUAAAGGGGACAUGUAUCAUGGUAUUGGACCUUUGGACCCUGAGCGUCUUAACGUGUUCCGCACUGUGAAGGAGAUCACUGGUUACCUCAACAUCCAGUCAUGGCCUGAGAACAUGACAGAUCUGAGUGUCUUUUCGAGCCUGGCAACCAUCGGAGGGAGAACUCUUUACAGCGGAAGUGGUAUUUCUCUGCUGAUCUUGAAGCAGCGCUGGAUCUCUUCGCUUCAGUUCCAGUCACUGGACGAGAUCAGCGCCGGGAACGUUUACAUCUUCAACAACAGCCGCUUGUGCUUCUACAACACCGUCAACUGGACGUCGCUCUUCAGGACGCCGAGUCAGAAAGUCCUCAUCCGCAACAACAGAGAUCCAAAGGAAUGCACUCAGCAACGAAUGGUGUGUGAUCGGAUGUGUUCGGACGACGGAUGCUGGGGCCCAGGGCCCGACCAGUGUCUCUACUGCCGGUAUUUCAGGCGUGGCCGCACCUGCGUGGAGUCCUGCAAUCUCUUUGACGGGGAAAUGCGUGAAUUUGCCAAUGGAUCAGUGUGCCUGGAGUGUGAUAGCCAGUGUGAGAAGAUGGAUGGGAACACCAUGACAUGCCUCGGCCAGGGCCCAGACCAGUGUGUGAAAUGCCUCCACUUCAAAGAUGGACCCAACUGUGUGGAGAAGUGCCCUGAUGGGUUGCAGGGGGCCAACAGUUUCAUCUUCAAGUACGCCAAGGCCAACAACGAGUGUCAUCCCUGCCAUGCCAACUGCACCCAGGGGUGCGUCGGUCCAAGACUCCAAGAUUGUGUUGGGAUGAUGGACAGGACACCACUAAUAGCAGCUGGCAUUAUCGGCGGCCUAUUUAUCAUCGUCAUCCUGGCGCUCAGCGUGGCUGUUUCUGUCCGACGCAAAAGCAUAAAGAAGAAGAGGGCCUUGCGGCGAUUCUUGGAGACAGAGUUGGUGGAGCCCCUGACCCCCAGCGGAACGGCCCCUAACCAGGCUCAGCUGCGGAUCCUCAAAGAAACGGAGCUGAAGAGGGUCAAGAUUCUGGGUUCUGGAGCAUUUGGAACCGUCUACAAGGGCAUCUGGGUCCCAGAAGGUGAAACAGUGAAGAUCCCUGUGGCUAUUAAAAUCCUCAACGAGACCACCGGUCCCAAAGCCAACGUGGAGUUCAUGGACGAGGCCCUGAUCAUGGCCAGCAUGGAGCACCCCCACCUGGUGCGUCUGCUGGGCGUCUGCCUGAGCCCCACCAUCCAGCUGGUAACGCAGCUCAUGCCCCACGGCUGCCUCCUCGACUACGUGCACGAGCACAAGGACAACAUCGGAUCGCAGCUGCUACUCAACUGGUGUGUCCAAAUCGCCAAGGGCAUGAUGUACCUGGAGGAGAGGAGGCUGGUCCACAGGGACCUGGCUGCCCGGAACGUGCUGGUGAAGUCACCCAAUCACAUCAAAAUUACCGACUUCGGCCUGGCGCGGCUGCUGGAUGCCGAUGAGAAGGAGUACAACGCAGACGGCGGCAAGAUGCCCAUUAAAUGGAUGGCUCUGGAAUGCAUCCACUACAGGAAGUUCACCCAUCAGAGUGACGUAUGGAGUUACGGAGUGACCAUCUGGGAGCUGAUGACAUUUGGAGGGAAACCAUACGACGGCAUCCCCACGCGAGAAAUCCCAGAUAUUCUGGAGAAAGGGGAGCGUCUGCCACAGCCGCCAAUUUGUACCAUAGAUGUCUACAUGGUCAUGGUCAAAUGCUGGAUGAUUGACGCAGACAGCAGGCCGAAGUUCAAGGAGCUUGCUGCUGAGUUCUGCAGAAUGGCCCGGGACCCCCAGCGAUACCUCGUCAUCCAGGGAGACGACCGCAUGAAACUCCCCAGCCCCAAUGACAGCAAGUUCUUCCAGAGCCUUCUGGAUGAGGAGGACCUGGAUGACUUGAUGGAUGCUGAUGAGUAUCUGGUGCCUCGAGGUUUCAACAUGCCUCCUCCGUCAUACACGACCAGGCCUCGCGUCGACUCAAACAGAAACCAGUUUGGCUAUCGAGACGGUGGUCCAAACCCCGCAGAGGCCUCUGUGGCAGGUGCCCAAGCCUGCGUGAACCAGGAAGCCACAGGCGGACCUGGUCCAGCCCUGGAGGACCAGCGCUGUAACGGGAGCCUGCAUAAGAAGACCCUGAGCCAGGGUGGGGGAGAGGACAGCGGGGGCCAGAGGUACAGCGCUGACCCUACCAUCUUCCUUGGGGAGAGGGCGCCAAGAGGGGACACCGAUGAGGACGGAUACAUGACACCGAUGAAGGACAAGAGCUCCUCAGAAUAUCUGAAUCCAAUCGAGGAAAACCCGUUUGUCUCGCGGCGUAAGAACGGUGAGAUCCAUGCUUUGGAUAACCCGGGCUACCACAGCACACCCAACAGCCAGCCCAAAGGAGAGGACGAGUACAUCAAUGAGCCUCUUUACCUCAACACCUUUCACAGCCCUGCCGAGCUCGGCCUGGAAGCCCUGAGGAGAAACGGUCUUCCCCUGCCCACCCAGCCCCCCUCUUCUAUUGCGUCUUCAGGCUCCCACCUCCCGCUUACAAUCCAAACCACCCUGCCCCACUACCCCCUCCCCACGGCCCAGCCCUCUCCAUCUGGCAUGCCUUGCCAUCACGGCCCACCGACACACAUCCUCCACGCCCAUCACACCAUCAAACCCGCAGGACAGCCUGGCAAUCCAGGUGGCGGCUCCGCCAGCCAGAGCCAAACAGGAACUACUGCCCAAGCCCAGGUGUGCCAAUCAGGUGCUUUGUCCACUUCGGCCACCAUCGGACACGGCAGCCUGCCAGCGUACCAGAUCCACGCCACCACGCACCCGGCCAGCAUGCUCAAGCAUGGACAAACGUCGGGUAAAGUCAGCGGAAAAAAGCUCAAGGUGACCUUUGACAAUCCCGAGUACUGGCAGCACAGCUUGCCUCCUAAACCGUCCAACCAGGUUGUCCCUGAUGGCGCCCAGGGCGGCUCCACCAACGCCAAGCUCUUCUAUAAGCAGAACGGACACAUACGGCCGGCGGUGGCUGAAAACCCUGAGUACAUGUCUGAGUUUUCCCUGAAAUCCGGCACCGUCUUGCCGCCUCCACCUUACCGGCAGCGGAACACUGUGGUCUAAAUCACUUGUUCCCCAAUUUGACUCUAGCCUCCAGCAACCCAGACAUCCUCUCCGGUUCCACUGUUCCACACAGAAGGGAGCGGCCUCAACCAGAGGCCCCCAAACUCUUUCCAAAUAACCAUCUGCUGUAGACUGUAGCGACAUCUGAAGGAGGUGGACCGAACCGAGCCAAGCAGACCCAACUCACCU